AUGGUUCAGUUCAAGGCUGGUUCCAGAUGGCACAUAGACCUGCAGCCUUGGGCAGGCCCUGCUCAGUCCCUGGAUGAAGAAGCCUCGAGGUUCCUGAGAUAUAUCAGCACCAUCCAGAUUGCAUGUGAUCACGUGAGUGCAGACAGCCUGGCUACAGACUCCAGCUCUGCUAAGCAGCCCUGGUCGGUUUGUCUCGAUGACAGGUUUGGCUUAGCUCAUCAAAUCCGCAACAAGCAGUGCCGUCUCUACUCUUUAGGGCUGGGAAGGGAUGAUACCCAGUUUGAAGUUAGCAUGGCCAACAGCGGAUGUGAAGUGCAUCGUUUUGAUCCUAGUGUCAAGUCGGCUCAUGUUCUGGAGAAUCAGCGCCUCUGGUAUCACCGCUUGUCCAUUGACUGGCGGGACCCCCAUCCAGCUGUUGCUGCCCUAAAGCCACAUAGCAACACCAGAAAAUUGGGGACCAUUUUGAAUGAAUUUGGGCAUCACAAGAUUGAUGUUCUCAAAGCAGAUCUGGAGAGUGCAGAAUGGAAAGUUUUGGAAAAUCUUAUUCUGGAAGAUGUCCUGGAACAGAUUGGACAGCUCGUCUUUGAGAUCCAUCUCCACUGGCCCGGGUUCGAGGUCAGCGGCGGCGACAGCAGUGUCGUGCGGUUCUGGUACAGCCUCCUCAAAGAGUUAGAACUAAACGAUUUCAGGCUUUUUCACAGCUACAAAGAUUUAUCUAAGCCUCAGCUAUUCCUGAAGAAAGACAUGUUCAAUGCAAGUAGCUGUUAUACUCUUGGUUGGGUAAAUACCAGGUGGAAAUAGGAUGCAGGGCCUCAUCAAAAACUCAAGGAAAUAUUUGCAGAGUGAGUACAUCCACGAUUCUAAUGAUCAUUGUGCAGUCUCCCACCAGCCUGUUACCUGCUUGAGGCAGGCGUUGUUAUUGCCUUUGUGGUGCAUGCAACCUGGCGCCUGCCAUGAGGUAGGGGCACGUUACCCCUUGUUGAAGGGUGGACACAGGAACACCACAGGAGUCAGCCGUCAUCUGCCCUGACCAGGCUCUUUGCCUGUCUGCCUCUGACAGAGUGGGGUUGCUCGUCUUCCUUCAUUUUUAGUUGGAAGAUAACUCCCCACUUACCUCGAUUUUCUCUAAAGUUCAUUAUGUUUCUACAGGGUGUUCAAAAAAAUGUAUUCACACUUUAAGGGCUGAUAGCUCACAUUUGAAAAUGAAAUGUA